UAUGGUAAUGUGCGGAGCAGGAGAUGUUGUUACCCCAGAGGUUGCUCCUUUUAUCUACGGAGAAGGCCUAGUUCUAUUUUUCAUCGAAUUUGAUUGUUAUGUUGCUAUUUGGUUAAUUAUUUUAAUUAAAAAAUCUUCGCAAGGUAUAGAGUGUUUUGGAAGAUAA